UUCCGUAGUCGCAGCUCUCCUCUGCUGUCACUUGACUUGACGAACAUUUAAUUUUAAGAUGUAGACAUUAGUUUGUUUUUAAUAGUAAAUUAAUGAUGUCUUCUAAAGCCACGUCGCGAGGUUUUUAUUUUAACACUGUUUUGUCUCUCGCGCGCUCUCUGGCUGCUCACCGUCCCGCUCCUCUUGACAAGGUCCAGAAGCUUCAAUGCAUGUGUCCCGUGGACAUCCGUGGUGUUUUCCAGCUGGACGAGCGGAGGAGAGAUGCUGUGAUCGCUCUCGGGAUCUUCCUGCUGGAGUCUGGGCUGCAGCACAAGGACGCUAUUGUCCCGUACUUGUUGGGUUUGCUGAAGGGAUUACCCAGGGUGCAAUGGAUCGAGGAGAGCUCAGAGAGAAAAGGGCGAGAAGCGCUUCCCGUUGCGGAGAAUUUCUCCUUCUGUUUGGUGACCACGCUCUCAGACGUUGCUCAGAUGGACGAGUCCAUGCGAAUCCAAAUUUUGGAGGCUGUAACGAACCUCAUGCAGGUGCUACAGAAAAUGUGUCAGAACAUCGAAGGCCAAGAUAAAGAAUACCUGUGUAAAUACACCGUGCCCUGUCUGCUCGGCGUGGUGCGAGCGUUCGGCCGCUACAGCAACACAGAGGAGCCGCUGCUGUCCAAACUCUUCCCACGGGUCAGUCCUCAGCCCUUGGGUGCAGGAGACGGGGCAGAAGUCACCCGACGACGAUCCUUUAACGAUUUCCGCUCCAUCCUACCCAGCUCACUCCUCACCGUCUGCCAGAGCGACACUUUACGCCGUAAAACCAGCAGCGUUUCCAGCAUCUCACAACAGGGCAGUCCAGAACAUGCCGGACUUCCUCCCAGUUCUCCUGCUGACCCUUCUGCUCCUUAUUUUGAAGCGGGCUCGUAUCUUCCUGACGGCAGCGCUGUGGACCCUGACUACUAUUUCUCCACCAUCAGCUCCAGUUUCUCCGUCUCGCCGCUCUUCACGGGCAGCAACAGUAAAGGGUUUGAUGCACCGCUGGAUUUACUGAGGCAGCUUCUGCAGAUGGUCGAGCGGUUUGUGUCAGAAUCCUUUAUGAAGACACUGGAUCAGACUAUGGUUGGGGUUCUGGAGGUCAAUGCAUCAGUUAAUCUCUUCUACAACACAUUCAGUGAUCCGCUGUAUGUGGCCAUCUUUAAAAUGCUGAGGGACACUUUAUACUACAUGAAAGACCUGCAGGUGUCGUUCGUGAAGGAGGUUCAUGACUUCGUUCUGGAGCAGUUCAGCAGCAGUCAGUCUGAGCUGCAGAGGAUCCUGCAUGAUGUGGAGAAUCUGCACAGCGAGCUGAACCCGCUCAAACUGCGCUGUCAGGCCAACGCUGCCUGCGUGGACCUCAUGGUGUGGGCCGUCACCGAGGAGCAGGGUGCAGAAAACCUCUGCACAAAACUAACCGAGAAGCUGCAGUCCAAGACGUCCAGCAAGGUCAUCAUCGCUCACAUGCCUCUGCUCAUCUGCAGCCUACAGGGUCUCGGACGGCUGUGUGAGCGUUUCCCAGUGGUUGCUCAUUCAGUCACCAUGUCUCUAAGAGAUUUCCUAGUGGUGCCUUCACCUGUGCUAGUGAAGCUCUACAAAUACCACAGUCAGUACAACACAGGAACAGGAGAGAUCAAGAUCCAUGUGACCAAUGAGCAUUCCCAGUCCACCUUUAGUUCUCACUCCAGUAAGAAGAGCCAGCCAUCCAUGUAUGAGCAGCUCCGAGACAUUUCCAUCGACAAUAUAUGCAGGUGUUUAAAAGCAGGUUUGUGCAUGGACUCGGUCAUCGUUGAGGCUUUCCUAGCCAGUCUUUCCAACCGUCUAUACAUCUCGCAGGAAAAUGACAAGGAUGCCCACCUCAUCCCGGAUCACACUAUCCGAGCAUUAGGACACAUCGCCGUGGCCCUGAGGGACACUCCUCGUGUGAUGGAGCCCAUUCUUCAGAUCCUGCAGCAGAAGUUCUGCCAGCCGCCGUCCCAGCUCGACGUCCUCAUCAUAGAUCAGCUGGGCUGUAUGGUCAUCACAGGAAACCAAUACAUUUAUCAGGAAGUCUGGAACUUGUUCCAGCAGAUUAGUGUGAAGGCCAGCUCGAUGGUUUACUCCACCAAAGACUACAAGGAUCAUGGAUACAGACACUGUUCUCUGGCCGUGAUCAAUGCUCUGGCCAACAUCGCAGCAAACCUGCAGACGGAGCAGAUGGUGGAUGAGCUGCUGGUGAAUCUGCUGGAGCUGUUUGUGCAGCUGGGGCUGGAGGGGAAGAGAGCCAGCGAAAGAUCCAGUGAGAAGGGCCCGGCCCUCAAGGCGUCCAGCAGCGCUGGGAAUUUAGGAGUUCUGAUUCCUGUCAUUGCUGUGCUGACCAAACGUUUGCCGCCCAUAAAAGAGGCCAAACCGAGACUGCAGAAGCUGUUCAGAGAUUUCUGGCUGUAUUCGGUUGUGAUGGGCUUCGCUGUCGAGGGCUCAGGUUUGUGGCCGGAGGAGUGGUACGAGGGAGUGUGUGAGAUCGCAACCAAAUCCCCGCUGCUGAUGUUCCCGAGCGGAGAACCGCUGCGCUCAGAGCUGCAGUAUAACUCUGCGCUGAAGAACGACACGGCCACUUCAGCCGAGCUGAAUGAUUUGAGAAGCACCAUCAUUAACCUGCUGGAUCCUCCGCCGGAGGUGACUGCGCUCAUCAAUAAACUGGACUUCGCCAUGUCCACCUACCUGCUGUCCGUCUACCGUCUGGAGCACAUGAGGGUGUUACGCUCUCUGGAUGCCGAUCGCUUUCAAGUGAUGUUUCGAUAUUUUGAGGACCGAGCGAUCCAGAAGGAUAAAUCAGGAAUGAUGCAGUGUGUCAUUGCGGUGGGUGACAAGGUCUUCGAUGUAUUUCUUCAGAUGAUGGCUGACAAGGAAAAGACUAAAGCUCAUGAGGAGGAGUUAGAAAACCAUGCUCAGUUCCUGUUGGUCAACUUCAACCACAUUCACAAGAGAAUCCGCAGAGUGGCGGACAAAUAUCUGUCAGGACUCGCUGAGACUUUUCCGCACUUGUUGUGGAGCGGUCGUGUCCUGAGGACCAUGCUGGAUCUAUUACAGACCCUGUCUCUUUCACUCAGCGCUGACAUCCACAAAGACCAGCCGUAUUAUGACAUACCGGACACCCCGUAUCGCAUCACAGUGCCAGAUACAUACGAGGCCAGAGAGAGCAUAGUGAAAGACUUCGCUGCUCGCUGUGGAGAAAUCUUAAAAGAGGCCAUGAAAUGGGCACCAUCGGUCACCAAAUCUCACCUACAGGAGUACCUGAAUAAGCACCAGAACUGGGUUUCGGGUCUGUCUCAGCACACGGGUCUGGCGAUGGCCACCGAGAGCAUCCUGCACUGCGCUGGAUAUAACCGUCACAGCACCAGUCUGGGGAGCACUCAGCUCACAGAAAGACCAGCAUGUGUGAAGAAAGACUACUCCAACUUCAUGGCCUCCCUCAACCUGAGAAACCGCUAUGCUGGAGAGGUUGCAGGGAUGAUCCAUUUCUCUGAGGCCAUGCGGAGCACGAUGGAUCUGAACAAGCUGAUGAUUCGUCAGAUGAAUGAAGCUCUGGACGGAGGUCAGCCGGAAGCCUUCACUGAAGCCAUGUUCAAAAUGACUGCGCUGCUCAUCAGCUCCAAAGAAUGGGAUCCUCAGCUGCUGCAUCGCCUCUGCUGGUCUCCAUUAAAGAUGUUCACCGACAAUGGCAUGGAAACUGCUAUUGCCUGCUGGGAAUGGCUCCUGGCUGCGAGGACAGGCGUUGAAGUCCCUUUCAUGCGGGAGAUGGCAGGAGCGUGGCAGAUGACCGUCGAGCUGAAGAUGGGGCUGUUCUCUGACGCCCAGCUGGAGGCGGAUCCUCUGGCGGCCUCCGAGGAAAGCCAACCCGUCCCCUGUCCGCCCGACGUCACGCCCCACUACACCUGGAUCGAGUUUCUGGUCCAGCGUUUUGAGAUCGCCAAGUACAGCAGUGUGGAUCAGGUGGAGAUUUUCAGCAGUCUUCUGCAGAGGUCUCUGUCUCUCAGUGUUGGCGGUCCUAAAAGCAGCCUGAACCGCCACGUGGCAGCCAUUGGACCACGCUUCAGGUUGUUGACGCUUGGACUUGCCCUCCUGCAUUCUGACGUAGUGACCAACACCACCAUCCGUAAUGUCCUACGUGAAAAGAUUUACUCCACCGCCUUCGAUUAUUUCAGCGUGGCACCAAAGUUCCCCACUCAGGGAGACAAGCAUCUGCGCGAGGACAUCAGCAUCAUGACCCGCUUCUACGCCAGCAUCCUCUCCGAUAAGAAGUACCUAGCUGCUAGUCAGCUCGUGCCACCUGGUGAGCUUGGCGCCAAUCCCUCUCAAAGCUCCCUAUCUGUCGGGAUUUUCGGAUCACUUAUCGUUUCCAGCACUUCUCCGAUAUCGUUAUUAAACAACCAGGAUCCGUCCAUGAACAGUUUGUCGGUGAUGAACGCCACCGACCCGAGGAACAACAUGGACAUGACCAUGGGUUCCCGUCAGCAGAGCGCUCAGGGCUGGAUCAACACCUACCCCCUGUCCAGCGGGAUGUCCACCAUCUCCAAGAAAUCAGGCAUGUCCAAAAAGAGCAACCGAGGCACCCAGCUGCACAAGUACUACAUGAAGCGCAGGACGUUACUCUUGGCCUUACUGGCCAGUGAGAUCGAGCGACUGACCACUUGGUACAACCCACUAUCAACACAGGAGCUGGUCAUCGCCACAGAGCAGUCGGUGGAGACCAGCAUCUCCAACUGGAGAUCCAAAUACAUCAACCUGAGUGAGAAACAGUGGAAGGACAACGUCAACUUGGCCUGGAGUAUCGCUCCGUAUCUGGCCAUGCAGCUUCCAGCAAGGUUCAAAAAUGCAGAUGCCAUUGUUGCUGAAGUGACGCGUCUGGUUCGUCUGGAUCCUGGUGCUGUCAGCGAUGUGCCGGAGGCAGUGAAGUUCCUGGUGACGUGGCACACCAUUGAUGCUGAUUGUCCAGAGCUGAGCCACAUCCUGUGCUGGGCUCCUGCAGAUCCUCCCACCGGCCUCUCGUACUUCUCCAGCAUGUACCCUCCUCAUCCGCUCACCGCUCAGUAUGGAGUCAAAGUCCUGCGCUCCUUCCCUCCUGAUGCCAUUUUGUUUUACAUUCCUCAAAUCGUUCAAGCGCUGCGCUAUGACAAGAUGGGUUACGUGCGUGAGUACAUCCUGUGGGCCGCACAGAAGUCCCAGCUCCUCGCUCAUCAGUUCAUAUGGAACAUGAAGACCAACAUCUUUCUGGACGAGGAGGGCCAUCAGAAAGAUCCGGACAUCGGUGAUCUUCUGGAGCAGAUGGUGGAGGAGAUCACACACUCUCUGUCAGGCCCCGCUAAACACUUCUACCAGCGCGAGUUUGACUUCUUCAACAAGAUCACCAACGUCUCCGCCAUUAUCAAGCCUGUUCCUAAAGGAGACGAGAGGAAGAGAGCGUGUCUGAAGGCGCUGUCCGAAAUCAAAGUUCAGCCAGGAUGCUAUUUGCCAAGCAAUCCGGAAGCGAUCGUCCUGGAUAUCGACUACAAGUCAGGGACACCCAUGCAGAGCGCUGCCAAAGCACCUUACCUGGCCAAAUUCAGAGUGAAGAGGUGUGGAGUUAGUGAGCUUGAGAAAGAGGGUCUGCGCUGUCCGUCAGACUCUCAGGAUGAAGGUGAGGAGGAAUCAGAGACGGCUCGAAAGGUCUGCUGGCAGGCGGCCAUCUUUAAAGUGGGCGAUGAUUGCAGACAGGACAUGCUCGCGCUCCAGAUCAUCGGUCUCUUCAGGAACAUCUUCCAGCUGGUGGGUCUGGAUCUGUUCGUGUUCCCGUACCGUGUGGUGGCCACCGCUCCUGGAUGUGGCGUGAUCGAAUGUAUUCCGGACUGUAAGUCCCGCGAUCAGCUCGGACGGCAGACUGACAUUGGCAUGUACGAAUACUUCAGGAACCAGUACGGGGACGAGUCCACGCUGGCCUUCCAGAAGGCUCGUUAUAACUUCAUCCGCAGUAUGGCUGCAUACAGUCUCCUGCUCUUCCUGUUACAAAUCAAAGACCGACACAAUGGGAACAUCAUGCUGGACAGCAAAGGCCAUCUCAUCCACAUCGACUUCGGCUUCAUGUUCGAGAGCUCUCCGGGGGGGAAUCUGGGCUGGGAGCCCGACAUCAAGCUGACCGAUGAGAUGGUGAUGAUCAUGGGCGGCAAGAUGGAGGCCACUCCCUUUAAAUGGUUCAUGGAGAUGUGUGUGCGAGGAUACCUGGCCGUAAGGCCGUACAUGGAUGCUGUGGUAUCACUGGUGACUCUGAUGCUGGACACAGGGCUGCCGUGCUUCAGAGGACAGACCAUCAAACUCCUCAAACAAAGGUUCAACCCCAACAUGAGUGAGAAGGAAGCCGCGGCCUUCAUGAUUAAAGUCAUCGAGCGCUGCUUCCUCAGCAGCAGGAGCAAAACCUACGACAUGCUGCAGUUCUACCAGAACCAGAUCCCGUACUGAGACAGGGCCGACGUAUCGAGAGCAGUACUCAUUAUCAGUCUAUUACAAUCCUUAAUGAUGAGCACUUUAAAGAUCAGAACAAACCGCCCGCUCUGAUUGGCCCUGAUGGCGGCGUCCAGGCGUGUCACUUCCUGUCCGGCUGCCUCAGGGCCUCUCUAGUCAUCCGCUGUAGCCCGAAAGCUGCAUGUUUGUCAUCUGAUCUCCCUUUAAGGCAUCUGCUGUGAUGGUUCGUGUGUGAAUAUUGACAUUCCAUGCGUAGAAAUACAUCCUUUAACUCUACUUGAAUCUCUGGGUUUAGUCGCUUCACCCAGGAAGCCAUUUCUAAGACACUGGCACAGAUCGCACUGUAGAUUACGUGCCGUCAGCAAAUAACCUGUUAUGCAAUACAUCAGUGUUUGUACGUCGUCUGUUCGUCGUGUUCGGCACUGAAGGGGUGAAUCUCACGAAAGGUUUUUUUUUUUACUGCUUAAAUGUCACUUAAUAUUUAUACAUUAUGGUGGUAUUUUUUGUACUGCCUUUAUUUAGUUGAUUUAAAUAAAGAAAAAUUACUGCAUUUUGUUUACUACAAUACAAAAAGAAAAUCACUGUAUAGCAAAGAAAAAUAAUCUGAAUGCAUUACAGUAAAACAGCUUGCUUGGCUAGAAUAAUGUUAAUAAUACAAAUAAAAAAUAAUGCAAAAUGCAGCAUUACUUAAAAUAGGUGAUUUUUUUUUUUUUCGUGCAUAGUAAAUUUUUCACCAAUUUCCCAUUAAUGCAAUGCAAAAUUUCACCAAUUAACAAUGUAUACAUCAUGGUGGGAUUUGUUGUACUGCCUUGAAUUUGUGUUUAUUUGAAUGAAGAAAAUUUCCAACAUUUUUACUUUAAUUCAACAAAAAAUAGGUAAGUAAUGUGAAAAAAUAGUACAAUGUCUGAAUCUAUUACAGUACUGAGAAUUGUGAGGGAAAAAUGGUUGUUUGGAAAUCAUAUAAAUUAAAAAGAUUAUGCAAAAUAUAUGAAUGCUUCUCUAAAUAUUAACUUUUUUUGCACUGUGACCUUGUGCAUAGCACACUUUUUAAAUGCAACUUCAUUAAUGUAAUGCAAAAAUAUAAAUUUUAUACAUUUAUUCAUGGUGGUACUGGUACAUGGUUUUUUACUAUUAUAUAACCAAAAAUGAGAAUUGUGGGAAAAUGCAUGCUUGGCAAUAAUGCAAAUAACAAUGCAAAAUAUCUCGGUGCUUAUGAAAAUAUUCUCCCCCUUGUGCACACUGUCCAUUUUAAACAAUUUCUCAUUAAUGCAAUGCAUGAAUAAAGUCAUGAAUAUUAUUACGUCACUAAUAUUUAUGUCGUACUGCCUUUGUGUUGAAUAAAGUAAAAUAUAGCUUUUUACUAUAAUACAAAACAAUGACUGUAUUAAAGAGUGAUGAUAAUUACAAAAGAUGAGUGUACAAUCUGAAUGCAUUACGAUCAUGACGAUUGUGCAAAUAAUAAUACAAAAUAUCUGAAUGCUCCUGAAAAUAGGCUUUAUGUUCUUUAUUCGUUUUUGUGAGAUUCACUCCGAUGUCGCUUGAGAGGUCUUCAACCCAAAAGAAAAUGCAGUUUACUGACUUGAAUCACUGAAUAUCUGGUGUCAUUUUGCACGUGUUUUUAAAACAUUGAAGAUGUAAUUUCAUGUUGCACAAAAAUAAGGAACUGCGAGUAAUAACUUCAUUAGAAGAUUUGCUGUCGAGUUGCUCAACACGAUCAGUGAAUAGAUUUCAAAUCAUCUCUACACAUUAGAGACAAAAGCUUUAGUCUUAUGAAUCAUUUUCCUUGAAUGUUACUCAAAGAUAAGAGAUUAUUAUAGCAACAAUAGAUUCUAGAAGCUAUAGUUCAUUUGUGUGUGUGUAUAUACUUUAUGUGCAUCAGAUAUUUGUGGCAUCUGUUUAAUUGGUGUUUUAAUUGAUUUGCAUCAUCACUGACAAGCAAGUGUCUUGUGUUCUGUGUGUGAAACCAUUGACAUGUUUGUUGUCGCAUUUGCACUUUUAACAUUUGAUUGCUGUCAGUGAAAUCAAUCCAAUGUAUCUGUGAACAGAAAUGGACCAGAAAGCAUCUAUUAAAAUGGAAACACUUGGCAAACUGUGCUGCUUCUGGUCUUUGAGCGGUCCGUCAGUCAUUUCAUUAUUCAUGGCAGAACCCGAUCCUGUGUGUGUUUUGCCUAGAGGACGCUUUAGAUGCUCUAUUAAUAUUGAAUUGCUUGAUGUAGCCGGCGGUCACGGAUCAGAUCUGCUCAGCUAAUGCUGGAGCGGGAAGCUUCAGAAAGUGUUGAAAAAACAGAUCUCAAAUCUAAAAAUGAGCCUCGUUUAAACACUGUCAAAUAAAGCAGCACUGCACAGGAGUCUGUGUGUUAGGUUUACAAGUAAAGCUUGUUCUGAUGCAUUAUGCAAAGCAGAUUCGUAAUAUGAUAAACUUCUUCCAGCAGGAGUAUUUGUUCUUUAUUCUAUGUAAUAAUUUCCUGGAGAGCAGUACAGUAGUUUACAGUUA